AUGCUUACAUAUGAAGGUGAAUUUAUGGAGUCUUCAAAUAAAGGCUUUUGAGCUAAAAAAGAAAGGAGGAGUAUAAAAGCUUCAAUAUUUGAGGUAUAUAGCCAAAUUUAUCACAAUAAGGCUAUGGAAGAAAGAUCUGACAAUUGGCAAAAAGUUGAAAGGGCAAUUCAUAGCAUAAUUUGGAGUCUUCAAAUGGCAAGCCUAAUGUGAACCCCAAAUCUCCCAAUUACAGAUUGAAAAGACUAUAUGACAUUAUGAAAAAUUGUUGGAUACAUAAGGCUUGACAAUAUUUGCUCAGCAUUCGGAAAUUUUUAUGAAUACUUAUAUCUAGCGAUUUCAAUUACUUUAAUGAUUUCAUUAACUAUUCUUGUGUGUACAAUUGCUGACUAUCAUCGAUCUGUGAGUUUGCCAAAAAUAUUAUUUAUUGCACUUAAAUGAUUUUUAAAUAUAUGAAUAGCAAUAUUUUUUAUCCCUUCAGUGGUUUUAUUUACCAUUUUUCUGAAAUACAACUUUCUGUCAGACUAUAAUGCUACUGAGUACGAAAAUAGCAGCGAUACAUCAGAUUUUAAGAUUACCUUUAUUUUAAAACUUUUGAUCAUACUUUCAAUAAUUAUAAAUUUUCCUUUAAUUAUUUUUCAUGCUGAAUUUUCAGGCGAAAUAAGACAUUCUGUGAGCAGUAAAAUAGUAAAAUCAAAAGCACAUUCAAAAAUUGAUGCUCAUAUAGCGUUUUUCACAUAUUUUUCGUCAAUAUUUUAUAUAUUGUUUGAUGAUGAUUAUAUGAUUUAUUUUCAAAUUGCUAUGAUGGCUUUUUCAAUAAUUAUAAUUUUUGAAAUUAUGAAGCUUUUACCAUAUUUUUCAUUUUAUUGCAAUUUUAUACUGAUUCUCCAGCUUUUUAUUAUUAUUGUAAUAUCAUUUGGAUUUAUUUUGGGUAUAAUAAUGGAUAAUGCCCUAUUUACGAUUUUAUCAGCAAUUGUUUUAGGCCCAUUAUCAGCUUUAUUUGUGAUUCAAUACACUCGGAAACUCAAAUUAAAUAGCACCUCAAGCAAUCCUCCAGCAGGCUUGGCAGGAAUAAAUUCUCAGUAUCAGCUAGAAAAAUCUUUGAGAAAUUUUUUGUGUGGCAACGACAUAGAGCAUAAAGAUCAUAUUAUUUAUCUAUUUGAAACCUUCUUUACAGAACACUUUUUCCAUGGAGACAAGCUUCAAGUUGCCUGAGCUACAAAUUAUUGUUUAUUUACACUAACUCCCCCCUCCGUGAGUGAACAAAACCAUUAGAAAAAAUCGCUAUUUUUUGCCCAAAAGCCCACCCUUCGUGAGUGUACAGAAAUUUUUUUAAUUGAAAAAAUUUUUUAUGGAAAAAAAUUUUUGAUAUAUAAGUGAUAAUUACUAUAAUGAAAUCUAGAGCUAAUUCUGUUUAAUUUUAAACAAAUUGCUUUUUUUUUAUAAAUUUUAUAAAUUAAAUUAAUAUCUGCUUUCAAAUUUUCGCGAAUUAGGAUUUUUUUAAAUUUCGAAAAAUAAUUUUUAAUAAAAUUUAUAUAUAAAAUUUUUUUAAAAAAAAAAAUUAACCCCCCCUCCGUGAGUGAACAAAAUUUUUUUAUUCACUCACGGAGGGGGGGGAGUAAAAGACAAAUCAUUAGCAAAAUUAAAACUAAGCAAAUCGCAAAGUAUUUCUAAAUGAAAUUUAGAAGCUGAAUUUCAGGAAUUUUUAUGUAAUAAAAAUAUUCAAAAUUCUUUAUUUAAUGAAAAGACACAAUUUAUAAGCUAUUUUUAUCAUUUAAACAUAAUAAAAAAGAAGGAUGAAAAAUUAUGUGUCAAUUUAUUGAAUUUUUGAGAAGAAUUAAUUUCUCUUAAGCCUGAUUUAAAAGGAUUGACAAUAAAAUUGAACUGACUUUAUAAAAGGAUUUUACUUCUUAAUAAUCAGUACAGUGAAUUAACCACAAAAUUUUUAGACUCAAAAGAAAUCUUAGCGCUCCAUGCUUCAUAUGCAAAAGAUGUUCUUUAUGACUUUGAAAAAUCAAAUUUACUAGAAAAUAAGCUUAGAGGACUAAGUGCCAUAAAUUUUGAUUCUAAAAAGUUCAGCUAUUUUAGAUAUUCUAAUGGAAUUUUAGUAAUUUCUGGAGAUGAAAACAAUUUUGGUAAAAUUAUAUUUUCAAAUCUAAAAGCAGCAGAAAUUAUGAAAUCUUCAAUAAUAAACAUUGAAGGCAGUAAUAUAAUGAAUUUUAUUCAUGCUUAUUAUUCUGAAAAAAUAAAAGAAGAAGUAAAGUGGGCAAUUCAUUUUAGCUCUAGCUCAGAAAUAGACUUAAGUAAAGGAUUUUUUUUAAAUAUUCCAGGCAUGCAUUUAAUAGAGUGUAUAGGAAAAGCUACAUUAACUUCAAUUGAUAAUUGUGCUGUUAUUAUAUUAAAUUUUCAGCGAAGAAACGCUAGACGGGAAGCUGCAUUAACAAGUGAAAAUGGAGAAAUCUUAUGCUACUCAGAAAAUUUUCCAAAAUUUGCCAGAAAAUUUAACGAUAACUUGCAAGGCUGCAAUAUUAAAAAUUUAUUUCCUGGAGUAGGGAUUAAUGAUGUAAAAUUCUUUAUCCCUUAUCAUUUGCCUAAUUUUGAAAAAGAAACAAUUCUAAUAAAAAACUAUAUAAAAGUCUACAAUGCCCAAAUAUAUUACGUAUUUCUUAUUAAUGAUGAAACAGAACUCGAAAUUUGGAAGCAUAAAAACCAUCCAAAUCAUUUUUUUGAUGAAAAAGAUGAAAGACAAGCUGCAAAUUACGACUCAAACCUAUUAAGCCCUAAAAAUCAAGAAUUUCAAGGAUAUUAUCAAAAUUCCUAUGACCAAAUAAUUAACUCUGAAAUGAAUUUGAACCAGCCUAGCUUUAAUAAUGGCAUCCCUGAAUUAGCAGAAAAUCGUUUUUCAGACAAACUUUCAGAAGAAAAAUCACAAAUUUCUGAGCAUUCUCGACAAAAAAAAUAUUUCCAAAUGCUGUCAACCUCUUCAAGAUCAAUUAAUAUUUUACAUAUUGCUUUUAUUUUAUCAGUAUUUUUUAAAUAGAUUAUUGCUGUGCUGAGCACGAAUAUUGCGGUUUUAUUUUAUGCGUCCUCCAGUAUUGAGCUUAUAAGAAAUAUGGAGCUUCCUAUCGCCCUAGCAGAAGCAGAGGCAAAGCUGCAAAAAGUAGCAUACGGUGCACAAAUAAUUUGGGCGCUUUCUAAUUAUGGGAGUUUGGAAACUGCUUUUCCCUUAUUUUUAACAUGGUCUGGGUUCCCUUCUUCAGUGGAUAGCUUAAAAGCUUCUUUACUCUAUAUUACUUCUAAUUUGCCGAAAUGGAAUUAUUGUUCAAGUCGAAGCAUUUUGACUGAUGAAAGCAUUGAUUUGUGGGAUUCAGGAAAAAUAAAAAAAAUGAAUUUAUUAGAUAUGCUUUCAAAAUCUGUUCAAUAUGUAAUUUUUAUGUAGGGAUAUGAUAUGGCAAGAAAAUAUAAUAACUCAGAAGACUAUAAAACUGAAUUAAACUUUAUAGUAAUAAAUGGCUAUGGAAUAGGAUUUGAAUACUGUAAUACUUCGCUAUAUGAAAUAAUGGAGUGCCAAAAAUCAAUAAACUCUGGUUUUAAAUACGACAUGUUUUUUCUGCUCAUAUUAGGAAUCGGCGUUCUCGCUUUAUGUGUGUGCAUUAUGAUACCAUUUUGCUGAUCUACUAUACAAAUCGAAAAUGAUUUUUGGGGUAAUUUAAGAAGAAAAGUUUAUGAUAAUCAUGCAGAGCUAAGGAAUGGGCUCUUAGAAAGGCUCCGAUUUGUUCAUUCUCAGUCUGAAAUUUUCAUUUCUAAUCGAAAUCAUUCAAAAAAACGAUUUAAUUUCAGAAAUUCCUGAAAGUAUAUCUGAAGAAUUUGCAUUUAUUUUAUCAUAGUAACAGCAUUUUCUAUUGUAAAUAUUACUUAUCUUUAUGAAAAAUGCACAAAUUAUUUGUCAUAUAGACCUGAAAUGAUGAAAGAGCUUAUCCGCACAAAAAUAUUGCAAAAUACUUUUGCUAUAUGAUCAUCAGAGCUUUUAUUCCAUAAUUGAGGAUUUCCGCCAUUAAACAAAUACCUCCAGUCAUAUCCUUUUGUAGAUCCUAUAAUUGAAUUUCAAGAAACCUUAUCAGAUCUUGAAGAUUCCAAAAAAUUAUUAAGAAAUCCAAAAUACUCACCUAUUUUGUCAGAUGAUUUUAAAAAAAAAUUGUAUGAAAAUAAUUAUCAGGUUUACACGAAUUAUUUAACUUUUGGCUCAUACUCUGCUGAAGAAGUAUUAUUGCAGGAUGGCUAUUUGGUUGCAUUUUCAAAUAUAAUAACUGAUUUUUGGGUUAAUUGGAUAUUUGGUAUUGUUUAUCUUAAUACAAGCUAUGAUGAGCUUGCAAAUGAAAUGGAUAGUGACUCUCAAAAAGUGAUUGACGCACAAGUUGCAAUUAUUGUGUGAGCAUUUAUACUUUUUAUAAUUACAUCUGUAACUAUUUAUUUUUCAUUUUACUAUGUGUUUUUCAGAAAAGAAAAGCAAUAUCUACAAAAAAUCAAUUCAAUUAUGAAGAUCAUUCCGUAG